AUGCAUGACAUUAUAUCCUGGCAGCCACGGUUAGCUCGUAACACACUCAAUGCAAGCGUCAAUGGUUCCUGGGUCAAACUGAAUUCGACAUGGUGUGAUGCCUCAGGCCUUUUUGGGUUCGCACUUGCUCGGAACCAAAAUCCUAAGAGCACCCAUCAUGUCAGACAGCAGGUGCGGCGAGCCCCUGCGCGGAAAGAGGAGCUCUACGUCGCCCGGGCCGUUCCGUCAGCCUUGCCGGAACAAAAAUCCGACCGGCUGUUGCUGCACAAAGUCUUAUGCAGCGAUGGGACAUGCACAGCAUGGGGCGCCCACGGCAUCUCAAGAUCCGGAAGGCAGAUGGAUGUGAAGACAGACCUCCACUGGGUCAUGGAGCCCGUGCCUGGUGGCAUGGAAAUCAGGCCCGUGAAGGGCUGGUAUGAUCUUGUACAAACAAAUUCUGCUGGCCCGGACCUCGGCAUUGCAAAGUUGGACCCUUCCUUGAUGAUCAAGGCCAACAUGGAAAUUCAGAAGCAAGUUUGUGAACGAAAGGAGAUUUCUGACCGAUGGGAUAAAAUGCGGAAGCGAGGGAAGGAGGAGGAGCCACGGGCUGGUCCUUCUCUGACUCGUAAGCCGAAGCUUUCAACCAGCGCGGUUGCCUACCCGGACAAGCAGCAAAGUGAUGAGACUGGCAUCAAAAAGCAAGAAGAGAAGCGGCGCAAGGUUCUCCGAAAGCAGGAGAUGGCACAUCGCGAAGGUGCCGAAGAGGAGGCAGUGCCAGACGUGGCAAGCAGCUUGCAUGAGCUAAAGCGACAGAAAGGGGGCGAGGCUGGCUGGGAUUUCUCUGACGAGGAGCAGUUCUCAGAUGAUCAGGAGGAAAGAUUCGACUUCGAUGAUCAGCUGGAAGGGACAGCCGCUCAAACUGAGGAUCAAGGCAUGCCAGCUGGAGAAGAAGUUGCUGCUGAAGAAGACGGUGAGAACCAAGACGUGCAAUUGUCCACUUUCGGGGAAGAAGUUGAGGUCCUACUCAAGGGCCCCGGAGGCACCAUGGCAGCAUCAGAUGCACACGACUCUCCUGCCUUGGCAGAGCCUGAAGAGGAGGACUGCAGCAGCCCCCGUGCACCCGCAUCGCCCUGCCAAGCAAAGACUGCUACAGAAGCAUCACAGUGUACAUCUGAAAAGGGUGCGCAAUUGCAGCAGCUGGCAGUGAAGUGUCUCCAAGAGAAGGGUGGUGAGAUGACUCUGAAAGAACUCAAUGCCAUCCUGGAGGUUCAGAAAGGUCAGAAGGAAUAUCUUGCUCCUCUGGCACAGGUUCUGUUCUGCGAGAAGAGGCCGCAAAAUGCUUCGCAUGUUUCACCGAUGUGA